GGGUUCAAGAACCGGCUCUCCUUCGCACUCGCUGUUGUUAUCCUUUCCACCAAGAAGGAGAGGUUUAGGGUUCUUCGAUACCGCCUGCUACCACAUGAAGCUCAAGCAGGUAGAAGGCCUUUUGGGAACCCUCCAGCAGUUCUCCAACCCAAAGGUGGAGCUGGAACAGUAUCCAACCGGACCGCAUAUUGCAUCAAGAUUGCUUUAUAUGGCUGAGAGUACAUUUGGUGACAUAAGUGGCAAGGUAGUAGCUGACUUUGGUUGUGGCUGUGGUACGCUAGGUAUUGCAAGUGCUCUUUUGGGUGCAGAACAUGUCAUAAGCAUUGACAUUGAUUCACAAGCCCUUGAAAUUGCUUCAGAAAAUGCUGCAGAUCUGGAGUUGGACAUAGAUUUCAUUUGUUGUGACAUUAAGAACUUAGGAUGGAGAGGUCAAUUGGUAAACACUGUUGUGAUGAAUCCUCCAUUUGGAACACGAAAGAAAGGGUCUGACAUGGGGUUCCUAACCAUUGCUUUGAAAGUUGCAUCUGAAGCAGUCUAUUCUCUGCAUAAGACUACAACAAGAGAUCACGUAAAGAGAACAGCCUUGCGGGAUUGCAACGCCAAAAGCGCCGAGGUAUUGUGUGAGCUUAAGUUUGAUGUGCCGCAGCUUUACAAGUUUCACAAGAAAAAAGAGGUUGAUAUAGCAGUGGAUCUCUGGCGUUUUGUUCCUUGACUCAGUUAAGGGGGGCUGAAAUUUUAUUCUCAAGUACGAGGACUCAAAAACGCUUCGGUGCAUGGUAUGGCUUAAUUGGAAUUCCAUUAAUCGGGCAAAGAUCUCUGGAUUGUACCGAGUCAUCCCAGUUGUGACAUGGCUUGUUCAUGCUGUGAUGAGGGGGAAAAGCAAACUGUUACCCGAUGAUAUUUGUAAUCAAGUAUUUCUGCAUGCUAAAUAUUGGAUUCGGUGCAAAGUCUGAUGAACAUGGCUGGUUUUUGAAUGGUAGAUUAUGUAAUGAUGAAGGCUGAUUGAGAAGAAUUCUCGAAGAAAGAAACCUGAUUGAAGUAAUGUUUGAUUUAUCAUGUGAUGAUCGCAACCAUGUUAAGAAAACUUUCAAGAGUGGAUGACUGCUGGUGGUGUUAGUAUUUUUAGUAAUUGCACUA